CCGAUAUCGCGCGCGCGCAUCGCGCGAAUAUUUAGUCUUCUAAUUUUCGGUGCUCCUUGAAAGAGAUUGAGAGGAAGUCAAGGAACAUGAGCUCAUCACCAUGGGGGGCUCCCCCUCCCGCUAAGGAUCAAAGGCAACCAUUUUUUCCAUCUGGGCAGAGCAGACCCCCCUUUCCACCAUAUAUGAAUCAAGGAGCACCAUCAAAUCAGUGUCAGAACCAAUCUUCAAAUGCCCCAUCUUACACCCACUUCCCACCAGCACCUUCUGCAUCUAUGGCUCCUCCAAAUGCUGGAGUUGGGCAUGGUUUCCACCCCCCACCCCAGCCUCCUCGGUUUCCAUCUGUGCCUCCUCCGCUGCCACAUGGUAAUCAGUUCGGGGGGAGUGGUCAAACACCCCGCAUGACACUACCCCCUCCUCCAUUUCCCGUUCCACCUCAACAGCAGCAACAUCCUGGGAGUGAUGGUGGAUAUCAGCCAGUCAGUAACAUGAUGUUCAAUCCCUCGCUUCCUCAAACUGCUCUUCAGCCUCCAAAUGAAUGGUCAACGAACUCGUCCCUGGCAGGUCAAGGGCAUGGUCAGUGGAACCACAGAAGAAUGGAGAACAACUAUCAGCUCCAGAAUAUGAAUAAUAGUACCCAGAACAAAUUUACACCGUACCCGCAGCAAGCCAGCAGAAGACACAUACAUGGAGACUCCAACUCAGGACAGACCAGGCUCCAACCCUAUCAGUCAUUUAGGAGCAAGCAAGCAGAGGGGAGUCACCAUAAUUCUUUUCCAGGGAAAACUAAAAUGGCACCAGGAGGGGAUGGACUCCGUAUUGCUGACUUGAAGCAGAGUAUGACGACAGAGGUUGACCAGCCAGAGAAAGCAGAGAGUGAAGAUCAGAAGUGGGUCAAUCAGUGGUCAAAAUCCCUCAAAAGAGGAGAUGUGUCCAAAGAAGCAACAAAACCAAUAUUAAAGAUAUCUGAAGCUAGAAUAUUGCUGUUCAAUUUCUUGCAUUUAUUGGAUCAACUGAAAAAGAAGAGAGAAGAGGCAUCAGAUUCCUUGAUGAAGGAAACAGAUGAAAGCAAAUGGUCUUAUCUCUGCAAAGAAAUGGACAAGCAAGCGGAAGACUUGUCAAAGCUAGAGUCAAGAAUAAGCCAACCAGAGUUUAUCGAGGGACUCAAGAGCCAAAUAGAAAAGAAAAGAAGAAAGAGGGAAAGAUACAAGAGGCAUCGUCUAGGAGAAUGGGAGAUGGGAGAAGAGGCACUAAGAAAGCGGAAUGACAAAAUAGACGCUUCAAUGGCUGCAGCGCUCCACGCCAAACAAGAAAAGGAACAAGAAGAGGUACUGCAAAAAGAAGUUGACCAGGUCCUGUCUGAGGUUCAUAAAAAGAAACAGGAUGCCAACAAGACGAUGGAACUAUUCAGAGCUCUCCGUAAACUGAGACAACUCCGAAAAGAGUCUGCUGAGAAAGGAGUAGGGUACAAAGCUCCAAGAGUAUUAGACGAGAGGUUCAACAAGAAGAUGUCUGUCUUGGAAGAAAUGAUGAAUAAACAGAAACUUCUCUACAUUGAAGAAGAGAAAGCACUUCAGGUGAUGUUAGAAGAAGAACACGAGGAGACAAGAGAGAAAGCAAGACAGAAGAAAGAACUGAAGGAACGACAGAAGGCAGAGAGAGCAUGGGAAGAACAAUUAGAGUUACUCUUUGGAAAAACAGAAGAGUUGGAACUGGGACAUCCAUUAUUCAUGUUCCGACAGUUUCACCAGCAGGCUAGUCACGAUCUUCAAUCUCUCACUAAUAUAAGAUGCCAGUGGGAUAUGUUUGUUGUUCCAGAAUCAGAUCGAGCUGGAUCUAGUAUUCCAGUGUCAUGGGUCAUGCCCUCUGACCCCUUGAAUCACAUCUGGGCAACAGCGAUGGUGGAUUCCUCUGGCACCUGACA